UUGGGAGAGACAGAGAGAGACAUGAUAUUAGAUGUGCUGUUGCAUUUAGCUGAUGAGCCAGAAUCUAGCAUCAAAUGUGGGACUGGGAGUAGUAGCUAUCCGAGUCUUGGUGUUCUUCCUAUAGUAGGCAUUGGGGGUGUUGGCAAGACUGCUCUGGCUCAACUUAUUUAUAAUGAUGAAAGAGUAGCAAGGCAUUUUGAGCUGAGGAAGUGGGUCUAUGUGUCUGACAAUUUUGAUGUCAAGCGGAUUUCUAAAGAGCUGGCAUAUGACUCGGUGCACGACCGAAUCCCAGACGAUAUCAGUUUGGAUGGCAUUCUAGGGAAAGUUGGAGAUGCUACGAGGAACAAAAGGUUUUUAUUUGUCCUUGAUGAUGUGUGGGAUGAGACAGGUAGCAAGUGGAGAAAACUCCGGGGUGCCUUAACAUCUGGAGCUAAAGGUAGCAUGGUUCUGGUGACAACACAGAGUCCAGUAGUAGCAGAAGUUAUGGGCACGAUGGACCCGAUAGAAUUGAAGAUCCUACAGGAAGAUGACUAUUGGAUACUUUUCGAACAUUGUGCGUUCGGUGAAAAAAUUCUUGAGGAAGAGCGAAGGGAAAAAUUGCAAACAAUAGGAAGAAAAAUAUCUGAAAAACUGCAUGGUUUACCUCUUGCUGGAAAGGUACUAGGAAGUUUAUUGAACUCCAAACUGGAUGAGGAUUACUGGAAGAUGAUCUUAGAAAGUGAGUGGUGGGAACAUGAAUAUGUUUUAGAUAAUAUCCUUCCAUCUCUGGCUUUAAGUUACGAACACUUGAAUGCAAAUAUAAAGCAAUGCUUCGCUUACUGUUCCAUAUUUCCCAGGAGCUAUGUUUUCGAAAAAGAUCGGUUAGUCCAGAUGUGGAUGGCUCAAGGUUUUAUCCAGAACAAGAGUCAGGUAAGAAUGAGAAUGGAAGACAUCAGGGAUCAGAUAUUUGACGAAUUAACUCGUAGGUACUUCUUUCUACCAACUCUGACUGACAAGUAUGUGAUGCAUGAUCUGAUAAGAGAAUUGGCAGUCUAUGUUUCGUCGGAUGAAUGUUUGGUCAUCAGCGAUGAGAGAGGAGAAAUUCCAAAGACAAUUCGGCACCUGACUCUGAGGACUGAUAAAAAAAUUGAUGCAAUUAUGGACCCGUGUAGACUUCAAAACCUACGGUCCAUUUUAUUCUUUGGUGAUUAUGAUUCUGAAAAGUUUUAUAGUUUUCUUGGUGGCAUAUUAAAACAAUCAAAAAGCUUGCGUGUUUUGGAUUUAUCUUGCAGUCACGUGAAGCUGAAGAAGCUACCGGAUGCUAUCAGUGGGUUAUCGCAUCUACGGUACUUAGAUGUCUCCUGCACUAAGAUCAAACAGCUGCCCAAAUCAUUUGGUAGGCUUUGCCAUCUUCAAGUUCUGAGGAUGCGAUCCUGCCAUCUUAAAAGGUUACCCCAAGACGUGAACAAAUUAAGCAACUUGUGGCAUUUAUAUGGAGAAGCGGACACAAUUUCUCUAAUUACUGGGAUUGGAGAUCUUAUCAACCUUCAAGAAUUAGAGGAAUUCCGAGUCACAAAGAAGAGGCGACAUGAGAUUGGAGAGUUGAAGGGCUUGAGAAAUCUUCGGAGACGGCUUGCGAUCAAGAAUCUUGAGAAUGUCACUAGUAAGGAGGAGGCCAUGGAGGCGAUGUUGAAAGACAAAGAACACCUAACUGCAUUGCAUCUGGUACAGAAUUUAGAUGCAAGAAGACUUCUUGAUGCGGAGACGGAGAUAUUUGAAGGCCUCCAACCACAUCCCAGUCUUAAAGAGCUGAGCAUCAAGGUCUAUGAAGGUAUCAAAUUUCCAACUUGGAUGGUGGAAAGCAAGUUUCUCACCAAUCUAGAAUUUAUUUCUCUAGAUUAUUGUGUCAGGUUGGAGAGUCUGCCGCCACUAGGGCAGCUGCCUUUCCUCAAGGAACUUCAUCUUGGUAACAUGCGUGCCGUCAAACGAAUUGGUCGUGAAUUUUAUGGUGACACUGGUGUGGCAUUUCCAUCCCUCGAGGUUCUAAAAUUUAAGGGCUUCGGGGAAUGGGAGAAGUGGUUGGAAGCAGAUGGCGCACAAUUUUUACCUCGCCUCCGCAUACUCGACCUCCGUGAUUGCUACAAGCUAGCGAAAGUACCCCUCCUCUUCCUGUCCUCAUCACUUGUAGAACUCAGCAUCGACUACUGUGGUGACUUCGGCAGUGCACUGCCUGGAUGUUUGCAGAGUCUCACCUCUCUCACCCAGCUACGGAUCAUGAAUUACCACGCCCAAGUAUCUCUUUGUUUAUCAAAUUUGAGUGCCCUCAAACAUUUGAAACUUUGGAAUUGCUGGAACAUGAAGUUAGUAGGGGGGUUACAGUUCCUUACUACUCUUGAAGGCCUAGAACUCAUAGCAUGUCCUAAGCUCAUCGAGUCCUCAGAGCCUGUGCAGCUCCACGAGGAGCAGGGACUGCGAACUCUCAAUCGUCUCACCAUAGACGACACGGUCCUACUUCAAAAUCUGUGGAUUCUGUUGGGAAGCCUCCCUUCACUGCAGAGGAUGCAUAUUGUAGGCUGUCAUGGUGUGACCAACUUUACAAGGAUACAGGAGCUAUGGUUCCAGCAACUGACAUCCCUUCAAGAGCUGGAGAUUAAUGACUGCGACAGCCUUGAAAGCCUACCUACUUCUUUGGCAAAUUUUCCCUCUAUCAGGAAGUUAGAUAUAUUCACCUGCCCUAGGGUUAGCUCACUGCCAGGGAAUGGCCUGUCUACUUCACUCAAAGAAUUACACAUCGAUGGAUGCCCUUUGUUGAAGGAUCGAUGCCAAAGAGGUGGAGCUGAUUGGCCAAAGAUUGCUCACAUACCUUUCAUACGUAUUGAUUCCGAAACCAUACAAAUGCUGUGAAAAGAAUUCGAUGCCACUCCUACAUCCAUUCUUCAGGUUUCUUGAGUUCUGACGAUACUUAUGGUGUUAACUUCAUGCUGCGUUCAAUUUUUUCAAAUCCUUUCACGGGCACUUCCAAUCCUUGAGCAACUUGGGGUCUACAGAACUUUCACUAGGUCCCCUUGCGGAUCUUCUUUCUAUUUGGGAACUUCACAGCCAAUGAAUUCUUCACAUGGAAGCCGAGCCCUCCAUGCAUGUUGUUUCAAACCGUCCAAUGCU